UUGGAGAAGCGACAUCGACAAUCACGUAUGUCAGUAAAGUUAAACAGUCAGAAAUGAUGCCUUGUUUAACUGCUGAAGGCAAAUAUGAAAUUACUGUAUUUGCAUUGAAUCGUCUUGGACAAAAUGGGUCAGAGCCUUUCUUCCUGAAUUUUCAGCCUGCCUUAUUUAUUAGCGCCAGUUGUUGCACUCUACCGACUUUACCAAAUGGAAGAAUUAUUGCGAAUAAUGCCAGUUUCGAAAGCACAAUCUCAUUUUCUUGCAAUGUUGGCCACACGUUGGUAGGAGAAGCUACUGCCGCAUGCACUGCAAAUAGAACUUGGAGUCUAUCUACACCUACCUGCGUUAAACAAGCUACCGCUCAAACCAUGGCCCAGAUCGAAACAAAGGUAAUUGCGCUCACCGAUGGAGGGAUAAACGUUGCGUUAGAUCUUAUUUUUGUGAUGGGCACGUCAGCAAGCAUUACUCGACGACAAUUUGAUAAAUCCUUGAAACCGUUUCCAAUUACGUUUGCUCGACAUUCUACCGUUUCGCCAUUGCCUACGAAUGUAGGAGCUAUUGCAUUUGGCUAUAACAUACACGUUAUAUCAAAUCUGACUGACCGUAUUGGCGAUUUCAAUCUGGCGGUUAGCAAGUUUGUUUAUAAGAACGGUGGAGGUACUAAUACUGGUCAAGCACUUUUACGUGCAAUAGAAAUGUUCAAGAUAUCUGGGAGAUCAAUGACAUAUACAAAGCGAAUUGUGAUUUUAGUAACCGACGGUUACAGGAACAUGGGUCCAAGCAUUGCGGCUACCGUCGAAGAGUUGAAAAAGAACGCAAUAGAAGUAUUCGCUUUUGGAAUAGGAUCGGAUGUUAAUGAAGUGGAGCUACACGCACUGGCGUCUCCACCUAGUGACAGACACGUCUUCGUGGUCAGAUCGUUCCGCUUGUUUCGUUACUUUACGUUAAGCAUCGUUUCACGUAAGAACGAAUUUACUUUAGAUUUACAAUUAAUUAAAAUGUUGUCUAACUGGAGCUUGUGCAUGACAGAGCCAAUAAGAGAACAGUGUGGUGUCUCUGGAUUUCCUGGGUUUCAUCCUCGAAUAUAUGGAGGAGAUAAAUCGGCAUAUGGUGCGUGGCCAUGGAUGGUGGCCAUUUAUAAAUUGAAUUCUUCUUCAAUUUGGCAAUUCUCUUGUGGAGGUACUCUUAUUAACAACCGAUGGAUCGUUACGGCAGCUCAUUGUAUUUACAACGAACGACGAACUUCUAAAGAAAUAGUGAGAGUUCAACUUGGCAAACAAUAUUUGUAUCUAAAAAAUCCACACGAACAGACUUACACAGCAAAUGUCAGCACAGCAAUAAUGAAACGAUAUAAUCCAUUCAUGUUGGACAAUGAUUUUGCUUUGCUGCGUCUAGACAAAAAUGUUACCUUCAACAGGUUUGUUCGACCAAUCUGUUUGUAUCAGGACCCCAUUUACUACCAAAACUCAUCAAAUGUCCACGUUGGUCGCAGAGUUAUUGUUAUUGGAUGGGGAAGAUACAGUUCAUCUCACCUUGCAUUAUCCCCAGUUUUGAGAGAGGCUACAGUUACUAUACAAAAUAAUUCACAGUGCGAUCGACUCCUAGGGUACAGAAAGCUUACAGACAGCAUGUUAUGUGCUCGAGGCAAUAAGGAGGAUGCUUGUUACGGAGAUAGCGGAGGCCCCAUGAUGUGUCAGGAUGUCAAUACCAACCGGUUUUUUCUUUGCGGAAUAAUCAGCUUUGGAUUUUCCGCGGCUUGCGUUGCAGGACACGGUGUAUACACAAAACUUACUAAGUUUGUGCCUAGCGUCAUAAUUCCCGCUGUAGGUAAUGAUUAGAAGCAGCUUGAAUGACAACACACGUGGCGUUAUGAACAUGUAUGUCUCAGUUAGAAAUUACCAGUGUAAGCGCUAUACUAUGCAUUGAUUGGGACAAAUUGCAUUAGCUAAAGUAAGCAAUUGUUUGUACUACGUGACGCUGUUAUGUAAGUAAAAACUAAUGUGAUGUUCUCAACUCUGUAACGCAUCAUGCGAAACUGUUUUUGAUAUUACAAUAUGUACGACUUGAU